AAACGCCGCCCUCCUGGAGCCCUACAGCGCAGUAAAAGUCUUUGUGGAUACCCUAAUAUCCAACCCGCUUUCAGUCUUGUCAGCGUCCACCCUGCAAUUCCGUAAAUCAAUGGCUCAAAUCACUGCCACGCUAAGAUCCAAUGACCUGAGUUACCGCUGGGGAUACCUGGCAAAGUUACUUAUCCAGAAGCAAGGAGUGAUCCAUGCUGUGGCAACACAGAAAAAAGGCCUGCUAACAUUAAAAGACUGGGAUGUACCACUAGCCGACCCAUAA